AUGAAUUCGACGUCCAAUACAAGCAUUUUACACAAUCUUGGGGAUACUUCUUUUCCUUCGUACUUAAAUGGAGGGGAAGAAACCUUUGUGCUUAAACCAGUAGGCUCAAAUCAAAGCCAAAAUUGCUCCUCCUCCACCCCACAUGAACCAUUUCACCUUGCAAGAAAGAAAGGAGAAGACAGAGAAAUUGACAUUUUCACUGCUGAUAAAUAUUUCAAUGAGGAGCUAAAUGAUAGCCCAAAAACCAAGGAAUUACCAAAUCAGCAGAAUAAGAAAAAAGACCCCAUUCAAAUAUUUGAUAGAAAAGAGAAAACUACGACACCAACUCGAAGUUCUCAUUCUGAAUCAAGUUGGAAUAGUCGAAGCGCGUUAUUGCAUAAUAUUUCAAGAAAUCAGCAGCCCUGCAGAAAGAGUAACAAGAAGAGCUUCCUGGCCAGCAUUGGUUGCAACUGCUCGUGUAACGACAAGAAUUCAGUACAAAUUGAUGAUUAUAUGGGAGAUAACUAUCUUAACAAGAGCAUUAGCAGCAGGGUGGAUAAUGGCAAAGCAAUACAAGAGCUUGAAAACAAUGACAUCAGUACUAAUAAGCAGGAUUGGCAAUGCAAAAAACUCGAUGAAAUACGAGUUAAGUUGAAGACAGAUGAUCAUUUCAGCUUCCCAGUUUUUAACCCCAAGACUGGGAAUCCAGCAUUUAAAAUGGAAUUACAAGAAGCAAAUGAUAAUUCGACCCGAAAAUCUGUUGAAGUUUUUGGCUCCCAAAUACUAGAGAAUGGGAAGAAUUCAUCCAUAGUCGAGAAAAAGUUAACCAUGCUGAAUUGGAAUACAAUUUCUCCAAGAGUGGAAGGCACUGAAAUCCCGGAGAGUUCCACUGGAAUGUACAAUGACAGCGAUAGCGAUAAAAGUUCAGACUUAUUUGAGAUAGAAAGUUUGUCGAAAAAUAUCAAUCCCUUUCUUACAGGGCAUGAAUCAGAUGGCAUUAGCAUGUCCAGCUGCGUUACCCCCACAACCUGUUACGCACCUAGUGAAGCCAGCAUAGAGUGGAGUGUCAUCACUGCUAGCGCCGCUGGUUUCUCUGCCAUAUCAGACACCGAAGAGCUCAGAUCAACCACAACCGGUGCUGCAGCCGCCACCACCAUAGCAUAUCCCCAGAAGAUGGUAUUAAAUCCGCCAAAAUGGCAUCGUCCAAGCAUUCUUUCGGGUUGUAAAAGUCAUACAGCUGUUAGAGUUGCAGGGGAUGCAUUUCCUAAUGCAGGAAGGCAUCGAUCAGAGUCAUUCACACCGUUGUCGAGAUUUAAUUCCGAGAGUAACCUAAAGGGGUUCGAUAAACGAAACAGAAAACACUCUUUUGAUGCAGGCGCUCUUUCUAGAUCGCAUUCAGGACAUAUAGUGAAUCAACUUCUUCAAGAAAUAACUGGAGAAGAGGCUACUAGUUCAGUCGACAUAGAAAAAGAUCCGAACGAGGAACGUGAACACAAGGCUGUGCAGGAUUUCAUACUUAAACACAACAAGGCCACACAAAUUGCAUAA